AUGGCUCGUCAAGAAGGAGAAGGGGAGCAGGAACUUGUCCUGUUGCUGCUGAGAAAAAGUGAUUCAUUAAAGCUAGUGCUUGUCUACUCUGCCCAAGCAGUGGCGGAGUGGAAGAAAUACAAAGAGCAAAGAGACACGCUUCCUUCCCUCAUGGUCAGCCAGAGGGGAUGUGUGCAAAAGGGUGCACCCAAGGUGAGUAAAUUAAAGGGAGAUGGAGUGGCAGUGGCCCCUGCAAUGCAUGGGGAGAGGCCGUAUGGUCAAGGAGACCUCUAUCUCCCCAUAAAGAAACAAAAUGCGGUGAAGGCUUAUCUCUUUGAAACCAGUCCUCAGAGUAAGCAGGAAAUUCACAGGAGGUCUGCGCGGCUCAGAAACACUAAAUACAAAUCUGCUCCAGCUGCUGAAAAGAAAGUUUCUACUAAAGGAAAAGGGAGAAGACAUAUUUUUAAAUUAAAAAAUCCUAUCAAAGCUCCUGAGUCUGUUUCUACCAUAAUCACUGCAGAAUCAAUCUUCCACAAGGGAGUGUAUUACCAAAUUGGUGAUGUUGUAUCUGUGAUUGAUGAACAAGAUGGAAAGCCCUACUAUGCUCAGAUCAGGGGUUUUAUCCAGGACCAAUAUUGUGAAAAGAGUGCAGCCCUGACAUGGCUCAUUCCCACUCUCUCCAGCCCUAGAGACCAGUUUGAUCCUGCAUCCUAUAUCAUAGGCAAAGGCUACACAGUUUCCUGGGAGACCAUUAGUAACAGAGACUUAAGGUCAAACCAUAGACUACAGUGCAGAUAUCACCUUCACUGGAGCACCCAGAAAACCUGUGCUGCUUGGGCAGUCAUAAAAGUGAUUGGUAGGCCAUUAAAUGCCUACCCCAGCUUAAGCCAUCUGCCAUGGACUCCUAAUAGCAUGCUUUGGAAGGUCUGCUGUGUAUGCUUCAAGUGCAAAUCAGUUAAGUAAGGGAGCGACAAAUGUUAGGGGUGGGGGGGGAAAUGCUUAUCUCCUCUACCCUGAUCUGAUCAUAAUGAUUGUAACUGUGGCACCUCUCACCCUUACCCUUUUUCUAUAUAAUUACUGUUAUAUGUUGAGAACAGGCACUGUAGAUGGCUCUAUGUAUAUGGUCAUCUCUUUGUUCGCAAAAGUUACAGUAAAAUUGAUUGUAAAUACCAUUGAAAAUAGUUUUCUAAAUGCUGAUAGUCAAAACUUUUGGAUUAAAAUAUAUUUUUCACCAUGUA